AUGCUUGGGGCCAAUUGCCUAGGGUUGAGGAGUUUUGGAGUGCGGAAAUACAGAAUCUGGAGGGCCAUUCCUAUUUUGUUCAGUCUGUGGCCUUCUUACCUAACGGCUAGCUCAUGUGAUACGACCAUCCGGCUCUGGGAUGCCAAUACGGGCGAGAUAUAUCAGACUAUUGAGGGCCAUUUUAAUUGCAUUCGGUCUAUGGCCUUUUUACCCGAUACCUCUGGCUCCGAUGAUAAGAUAGUCCGGCUCUGGGAUACUACCAUAGGAGAGCUAUACUAG